AAGCAAACAAGAAGGCCAUUUAUUUCAAACUGCCUUUUUCUUUCUUCUCUCAGUUCUCUGCCCCUUCCUUCCUACAUUCAUACUACUCUUUUUCUAUCUACAUUCAAAAACUGCUGCUAUUUAAACACCAAAGCUGUUGUUUAUUUCUACUUUUUGGGGUCAAACAUCCUCUCCAGUUUCUUCUACUGACAUGAUCUGUGGGAAAAUUCAAUCAUGACGAGGUUAACCCAUGAUUAUAGCUAUGCAACGCAAAAGGAUGCAGUCUCUCCAGUUUCUACUGAUGUGUUUUUUGCCACAAGUCGCUUUCCACAUUAUAAAAUUGGUGCCAACAAUCAAAUCGUAGAGGUGAAAGAAGACGCUGAGAUGUCCUCUAUGAAAGACAUGGUUGCACGAGAGACUGCCCUAUUGCUGGAGCAGCAGAAACGCCUCUCAGUGCGCGACCUUGCUAGCAAAUUUGAGAAGGGUUUGGCUGCUGCUGCAAAGCUAUCUGAUGAGGCUAGGCUCAAAGAGGCAGUCACACUAGAGAAACAUGUACUUCUAAAGAAACUCAGGGACACACUUGAAGCACUGAGAGGGCGCGUAGCUGGCUCAAACAAAGAUGAUGUGGAAGAAGCUAUAGCUAUGGUUGAAGCUUUAGCAGUUCAUUUAACUCAGAGAGAAGGAGAGCUCAUUCAAGAGAAGGCAGAAGUAAAAAAGCUUGCAACUUUUUUGAAACAGGCUUCUAACGAUGCUAAGAAACUUGUUGAUGAAGAGAGAGCUUUUGCACUGGCUGAAAUUGAGAAUGCUAGAAAAGCAGUCCAGCGAGUAGAAGAGGCUCUUCAGGAACAUGAGCGAAUGUCACGAGCUUCAGGGAAACAGGACUUGGAUGAAUUGAUGAAGGAGGUUCAAGAGGCUAGACGAAUAAAAAUGCUACAUCAACCUAGUAGGGUCAUGGAUAUGGAACAUGAGCUUCAAGCAUUGAGGAUCCAACUUGCUGAAAAGUCAAAGCAUUCGCUACAGCUUCAGAAGGAGCUCGCAAUAACCAGGAAUGGCGGUAAAAACACACCCCAUUUGUAUGACAUAGAUGGCACGGAGGCAUUAGGUUCAGUUUUGUUUAUAUAUCAAUGUUCUGAUAGUGCUCCAGAACUUUCGGAAUGUGCAAUUCAAUGGUAUCGUUUAAUGCCUGAGAGUGGCAAGAAGGAGCUUAUAUCAGGAGCUACCAAAUCUGUAUAUGCUCCCGAGCCUUGUGAUGUUGGACGAAUGCUUCAAGCUGAAAUUUCGGCUAAUGAUCAAACAACUACAGUCGCAACCUCUGGACCUGUCGAUCCUGCUGCAGGAUUGGGAAGCUAUGUAGAAGCACUUGUGAGAAGGCAUGACACUGAGUUCAAUGUAGUCGUCAUCCAGAUGAAUGGGGCAGAUCAUGACUCGCACGCCAUCCAUGUACUGCAUGUUGGUAAGAUGAGAAUGAAACUUUGCCGAGCCAAGACAACACUCGUAAAAGAAUACUAUUCCAAUUCAAUGCAGCUAUGUGGAGUUAGAGGCGGUGGGAAUGCUGCAGCACAGGCCGUAUACUGGCAGGCGAAAGCAGGACAUUCCUUCGUAUUAGCAUUUGAAUCGGAGAGAGAAAGAAACGCAGCUAUCAUGCUUGCAAGAAGAUUUGCAUUUGACUGUAAUAUUACGCUAGCUGGGCCGGAUGCAGGAGCUUGAUCGAGCGAGCUGACGAUAUUUCAGGGAAUGUAACAGUAGAGAGAUAGGCUGCCUUGAUGGAAUAUUUGGUGGUGACUUGUUGUGGAAUUGGCUCCUUUUUUUUUGGUUUGGUGUCAGUUGCCUUGAGAUCUAAUUUUCUUGCUAUUUUUUUUGUUUUCUUGAUUUGUAAUUGUCUUUUCAUUUGGAAGGAAAUGGUGAAUGUGUGGUCUGAAUAAUUUAUGUAACAACUCUGCAUUGUAAAUAAACAGGUUUUGAGUUUUGUAUUGUGGUGAAAAUUGAGUUCCCAAAAUAGUGAUGGGAAUUUUAUAUCAAGUGUAGUUUAUUUCUCA